UUUUCUCUCUCUCUCUCUCUUUAUUUAUUUAACGAAUAUAAAAAAAAUUCUAUAAGUAUGGCACAACAACAAUAUAUUCAAACUAAUAAUAAUAAUCCGCCACCCCCACCAAAGCAUGUAGAAGGUGUAAUUGUUGGAACACCGAUUCCUACACAUUACAACAACAAUCUAAUAAACAGGCCAUAUCAUUAUUCUAAUACAACAAAUAAUUCCGCCCCUUCCUUAUCAUCCUCAAGUCCGAUGCCCUCCAAUAGCGACACACCUCCAGGCACACGCACGAGCUCCGUCAUGAAUCUUUCCAACACUGAUCAGCUCCUUGAUCAUUCUCAUCUGAAACCAGGUACUAAAGCUUCUCUUCUCUCAUACAAUCAGACCAUCAACAUGUAUCGGGAAAAUGCGAAAAAGACAAACAGUCCUGACAUUCAAUGUGAUUUUGCUAUCUUUAUGGUUGAGGCAGCAAAGCCAAUACAAGACCAUGAUGAGACCCGCUGGGAAUAUUUAAAUGAAGCAGAAAAGCUAUUAAAACAGUUGGCAGCUCGUGGGCAUGCUGAAUCACAGUAUUAUCUAGGGAACCUCUAUGCGUCUGGUCUAUUAAAUAGGAAAAAAGGGAAAAAUGAAUUUGAUAAAGCUUUCCCACUAUUUGUUCAAGCUACAAAGCAUCACCAUGCUGAUGCUGCUUAUAGGGCUGCAAAAUGCUAUGAGGACGGUCUAGGCUGUAGAAAAGAUUAUGCUAAAGCAGUUCAAUUUUACAAAAAAGCAGCUACAUUAAGUCAUCCUGGUGCCAUGUAUAGACUAGGUGUAGCAGAGGUCAACGGUGAGUUAGGAAUUUCAAAAAAUCCAAGAGAUGGUGUGAAAUGGUUAAAGCGAUCUGCAGAAGCCGCUACAAAUGAAUACCCUCAUGCUAUACAUGAACUAGCCCUUCUUCAUGAAAAGGGCAUUCCUAAUGUCGUCUUUGUCGAUCUCGCUUAUGCUAUUUCCCUCUAUACACAGGCAGCUGAUGAUUUUGGUUACGCUCCUUCUGCAUUUCGACUCGGUGAAUGUUAUGAAUAUGGCAAAUUAGAAUGCCAACCAGACCCAGCUCUUUCUAUACAUUUCUAUACAAUUGCUGCACAACAGGGUCAUCGUGAAGCUUGCUUUGCUUUGACAGCAUGGUAUCUUGUCGGAUCACCCAAUGUCCUGCCUCAAUCUGAUGAAGAUGCCUACAUUUGGGCACGUCGUGCUGCUGAAAAAGAAUUGCCCAAGGCUGAAUAUGCUGUUGGUUAUUUCACAGAAGUGGGUAUUGGUGUCACAAAGAACCCAACAGAAGCUAUGGAAUGGUAUAAAAAAGCAGCUGAGCAUGGUGAUAAACGAGCUAUUCAACGUCUACAAGGUAAACAGGUUGAACCAAAGACAAAAAAGAAGAAUGGAUCACAAGAAGAUUGUAUUAUCAUGUAAUUAACAAAUAUUCCCCCUUCUAUCCUAUCCUAUCCUAUCCUCUUUACUUUUCUUUUUUUUUUUU